AUGAGAGUAGUCUUCUUUAGCAACAAGUUUCCGGCGUUUGACCUACGGGAUCUCUCCCAGAGACUCCGUUUCGUCUCUCGAUCACGGAGUCAUGGACUCCUGAGACGUUUUCUGGAAGAGGCGACCAUUGUCGCCCACGAAGAGAUUCGGCGACUCCCACCAGAACUAAGGACUCUCAUUCCUCCAUUUCAUUCAAUCCUGGAUCUUGUUGAUUCAUUCGACUGGCAUGGAGGACCAUUAACCGCAGUUUUCGAGUGCGCUUUUACCUGUUUAUUUCAUCUCUCUCUCUUCCUUGGGAGCUACGAGCGCAACCCGCAGGAGUUCAACUUCUGCAAUUCAACCUUCACUGGUUUAGGGUUAGGUCUGUUGGCUGCUGCAGGUAUUGCUGCAUCUCAAACGCUAUUAGACGUUCCUCAAACAGCAGCCGAAGCUGUUCGGAUUGCUAUGAGAACAGGCUAUCUGCUGUACCAGAAGCAGCAGGAGAUUGAGCCGCAGGAACUAGACGCUCCGCCAAAAAGCUGGUCAGUGAUUGAUGCCUCAACCACGGGCAGGCUCUAUAUCAGUGUUGUCGAACCAGAUGGCAGUCUGUUUGUGAAUGGGCCACCGUCCAUGCUGGCAAAGAUAUUUGGAAAGACGGGGGAAUUGGCAUCGGCACGCCACGCCGCUUUGCCAGUGUAUGGAGGCCCUUGCCAUGCAGCUCAUCUCUACGAUCGUGCUGAUAGUUCCCGCAUAGCUGAAACAGUCAACCCCCAAAUUGCCAAUCGGAGAGUUCCUGGCACUGUGCGCUUGCUCUCCAUGGUUGAUGGGAAGCCACUGGGCUCUCAGACUGUACGUGAGCUAUUUGAGUCUGCCAUAUAUUGCCUCCUGGCAGGCACCAUUCAGUGGGGAAAUGUUGCCGAAGCUGUUUUCUCGUCUUCGGAGUGGAACGACAAAGCUCACCUCCGUCUGGAGUCAGUCUUCCAGUCUUGUCCAGUUGUGAACACCCUGAUAUCCCGUGCCCAGGCUACCUAUCCACACUGUACUGUCGAUUUUCGAGAGCACUUGCAAUGGGUGUUCAUGGAAGAGAACCAACCUACCAACCCCACCAGCACGGACGUCGCAGUGGUUGGUAUGUCCUGCCGACUGCCUGGCGGUGCCAACGACUUGGCCGAAUUCUGGGAACUUCUGGUGGAGGGGCGCGACGUGCACAAGAAGAUCCCGGCCGAUCGCUACGAUGUAGAAACACAUACGGACAUCACCGGAAAGCGCCAGAAUACCAGCCACACCCCAUUUGGGUGCUUUAUAGACAACCCCGGGCUCUUCGACAAUGGAUUCUUCGGAAUGUCUCCCCGGGAAGCCGGCCAAACGGAUCCAGCCCAUCGCUUGGCACUUCUGACUGCCUACGAAGCGCUGGAGCAGUCUGGAUUCGUCCCUAAUCGGACACCAUCUACGAUGGCCACUCGAGUGGGUACAUACUAUGGCCAUUGUUCGGACGAUUACCGGGAGGCCAAUGCCGGGCAGGAUAUAGACACCUAUUUUAUUCCAGGCAACUACCGUGCCUUUGCUCCCGGUCGUAUCAGCUACUUCUUCAAAUUCUCCGGUCCGAGCUACAGUGUCGACACAGCGUGCUCGGCCAGUUUGGCUGCAAUCCAAAUUGCAUGUUCGGCCUUGAUACGUGAGGAGACGGACACUGUGGUUGCUGGAGGAUUAAAUUUGUUGACGGGCUCUGACAGCUUUGCCGGCCUCAGUCGUGGCUAUUUUCUCUCCAAAACUGGAAGCUGUAAAGUCUUCGAUGAUGGAGCGGAUGGCUAUUGCAGAGCAGACGGCAUCGUGUCAAUCGUGAUGAAGCGUCUAUCAGAUGCUCAGGCCGAUAAUGAUAAUAUUCUCGGUGUGAUCCGAGCCUCUGCCACAAACCAUGCGGGGAAUGCAAGCUCCAUAACCCAUCCUCAUGCGCCUACACAGGAGCAUCUCUUUUCGCAGGUCUUGAACGAGGCAAAUGUCAAUGCACUGGAUGUGGAUGUGAUUGAGAUGCAUGGCACGGGGACGCAGGCAGGCGACACUACCGAGAUCGAAUCUGUCACAAAUGUUUUCUGCCCAGGCUUAAAGAGACGCUCGCACCCAUUGUAUGUUAGCUCCGUCAAGGCAAAUGUGGGCCAUGGAGAGGCAGCUGCGGGUAUUACAGCGCUAGUCAAAACGCUGCUGAUGUUCCAGAAGGGUGCGAUUCCGAAACAUGUUGGGAUCAAAACAGCGAUCAACAAGCAAUUUCGCGAUCUUGGGACGUUGAAUGUACAGAUCCCUUUGGAAACUGUUUCUUGGGCCUAUGACAAACACCGAAGGCGAUACGCACUGGUCAACAACUUCAGCGCUGCAGGGGGAAGCACAUGUUUGCUGCUCCAGGAACCUCCUGUGAGGAGUACGCCGCAAGCAUGUCCCCAUCCAACCCUUCCCGUUGCCGUUUCGGCGAAAAGUAAAGUGUCUCUUAAGGGCAACAUCCGGAGCUUGAUUACAUACCUUCAGCAGAACCCAUCAUCGCACCUUCCCAGUCUGUCGUAUACCACUACGGCAAGGCGGAUGCACCAUAGAUACCGCGUCAUCGUCAACGGGGGAUCUCCCCAGGAACUGACCCGCCGCCUUCAGACAUGUCUCGAUGAGGUGGAAUUACGGAGACCAGUUCAGAAGCGACCAUCGGUUGCCUUUGUCUUUUCCGGGCAAGGGUCGUUCUAUACAGGCGUUGGCCGACAACUAUACGAAGAAUACCCUUCAUAUCAAGAGACGAUCCAGCGCCUGGAUAGGUUAUGUCUUCUCCACGGUUUCCCCUCGAUCAUCCCACUCAUCCUAAGCCAAGACCAAGACACCACCGCGGCCACGCCUCUAAUGACGCAAUUAUUGACAACAUGUGUACAGAUUGCGCUGACUGACUUGUGGCGUAUGCUUGGGGUGAAGCCUGAUGUAGUCAUCGGGGCAAGCCUGGGAGAGUACGCUGCAUUGCAUGCUGCUGGUGUAUUGUCUGCCAGCGAUGCUAUCUUUCUGGUGGGCAGACGAGCUCUGCUUUUGCAGGAGCUGUGUACCAUAGGCACACACAGCAUGGUUACAGUACGAGCAUCUGUCGAUGAGAUUUGCGAGUGCAUACCGCUUGGGAAAGAGUACGAGGUGGCUUGUAUUAACGCGCAGCGUAAUGUCACCAUUGCCGGACCCGUCGAACACAUGGACGAUAUCCAGGCGUCUCUGGAGUCGAAUGGGUAUAAUACCACCAAACUCAACGUCCCCUUUGCCUUCCACUCAGCUCAUGUGGAACCAAUCCUCCAGCGUUUUGGUGAGAUUUCCCGAACAGUUACAUUCCACUCGCCGAAGGCGUCAGUCCUUUCGCCCUUAUUAGCAGACAUUGUCACUAGCAGAGACAUCUUCGCCGACUCAUAUCUGGAACGGGCGACACGGGCAACUGUAAGGUUUGCUGCGGCACUUGAAAGGGCGCAGGAGGCGGGAAUUAUACAUGCCAAUACUGCCUUUAUUGAAAUUGGAGUCCACCAAACCUACAGCAAUGCUGUACGAGCAACUAUACGGGAUAUGACAUGCAUGGUCCCCAGCAUGAGGUCAGAUCAGAGUAACUGGAGCACAUUUGCAGCUGCCAUGUCUGCAUUGCACGAAGUUGGGGUUGAGAUCGACUGGAAUGAAUGGUAUCGACCAUUUGAGCCAAAUUUACGCUUGCUGACCCUCCCGUCGUACCAAUGGGAUAUGAAAAAUCACUGGAUCCAAUACAACGGCAAUUGGCUGCUACUCAAAGACAAAGGACUCAGGACACAAGAUGGUGGUGCCCUAGCUCCAGUGACUCCAGCUUUCCAAACUCCUCUCUUGCACCAAAUUCUCGAAGAGUCGUCAACAGAGAAUGGCCACACCGUUUUAAUGCAGUCUAACAUUAUGGAAGACCGACUCUUGAAGAUAAUAUCUGGACACAAAAUGUGUGGACGACCAGUAAUGUCUGUGUUCGCAUAUCCUGAUAUGGCGUUAUCCCUGGCCAAUUACAUAUAUACCAAACACCAACCUCAGGUUGAUCUUCCGUCAAUGGAAUUUUGCAACGUACAGAUUCUUCAGGGUUUAGUUGCCAAAAAAAGCCAAGCGAAACCCCAGUGGUUACGGGUGCGCGCAGAUGCGGACCUGAAGAAUCUUUCGGUCCGAAUGUCCUUUGAGCACGCCCUGGAGGACGGCCAUGGCUCCCGCGAAACCUUAGCUACGGGAGUGGUUACGUAUGGAGACAGCCAAAUCUGGUCGGACGAAUGGGAUACCCAAACUGAGUUACUCUUAAGCAGAAUUGAGGUGUUGUAUCGAUUGGCCCAGGAGGGACAAGCCAGUCGCCUGUCUGGCAACCUGGUCUAUACUCUCUUCAAAACGCUUGUCGAUUACUCCGAGAAAUACCGGGGAAUCCAGUCUGUGGUACUGCACCACCUGGAAGGGGUGGCCGAGGUAUCCCUUCCGCCUGGCGAGGAUGGAUGGACGGCAGCUCCCAACUAUAUCGACAGCGUUUCUCAUGUGGCAGGCUUUAUCUUGAACGGGAGCAACGCACUCGACGACCACGAUACUGUCUACGUCAUGGAUGGUUGGAAGUCGAUGAAAUUUAGCCAGCCAUUGGUCCCCGGAGCACGAUACCAAUCGUACACCAGUCUGAAACCGGCAAAAGAAAAACAUGGUUUCUACAUAAGCGACGUCUUUGUGGUUCGAGAUGGGCAAAUUGUUGGCCAAAUUCGAGGUAUGACGAUGCGUCCACUGCCUCGGAUUCUGCUGCGCCGGUUUUUCGAUCCACCUGAGGAAAGUCCAGUGUCCCACAAAGGUAUAUCCAUCUCUUCGACUAUCUCUGACAGCCUCACGGACACACAAUCACCAAUAUCAGUAUCCGCCGGCAGACCUAUUGCUUCGAUCGAACGAGACACGCCACCCUCUACGCCCGGCGAUGCUGAAAUCAGCCCGAUAGGCCGUGACGACACUAGGCUUGUAAAACAAGCCAUGGGCAUUAUUGCCUCAGAGACAUCUAUCUGCCCGGAGGAGCUCACGGAUGAUGUCGAAUUUGCGAACAUUGGAGUGGAUUCACUGCUGUCCCUAGUCCUGGUUGAAAAGUUUGCGUUGGGGUUGCAUCUGAAUCUUCGGGCGUCCGUAUUUCAGGACUGCCCCAGUGUCGGUAGCUUCAAGGAGCAUCUAGUCGCUGCUUAA